CCACCCUGGACUGGUCGCCAGCCAAUCACAGGGCUGUGCAGAAGUCUUUAUUGGCAAAAUGAAACUUCCAGUACUACAGACCUUCUCAACACAGUUGCAUUGCGUCCUCUACCGGCAACACCCAGCAACUGCUUCAACUAAAUUCAUUCUUUCAGCAUUUAUCGAAAACUGCUUGUCUCUGAAACGGUUAAAACAGAAUAUAUAAAUUAGUCAUAAAAGACCCCUAAAAUAAAAGAGCCAAGUUAUUGCACUUACACAUUUUAGUGUGACACGCGGUCCGUCCCACGUCUUGUUGAUGCGAGCCAUACAGUAAACAUAGCGUGAUGUUAACUAAUUUAAAAAAGCGUGAUAACUUUGAGAGGCGCUAGUCGAGAUAAAACAUUAAUUGCCCUUCCUACGAUAUUAUGCUUUUUCCUACAACAUUUUACUUACUGAAUGCAAAUUAGACAAUAUGCGUCAUGUCGCAACUUCUAGAGCAGCCAAUAGUAACUUUUCUUACUGAGAAAUUGGAAACUGCGGUUGCACAGUGGUCCGUCCUUUUUUGUUAUCCGGCAAGAAACACCUUAAUAUGCGACUUUGUUUCCGGAUACCUGUACUGUAAUGACAGACGUUUCAAUACUCGCGUUAGGAAUACUUGACUGGUGUAUAAACAGUAUAUAUAUUUCAUUUUAAUGAAAUGGAAGGGGUGCCUUGCCUGCGUGUGCAUCAUCGCGAUGCACAGGAUUUCAGACAACAACUCCAGUCCCGAACAUUCCUGGACCGAGGUUUCGGUUUAGUAAAAGAGCCAAGUGGGACUGUCCUUGUGCCAAUUCUUCCAUCAUGUUUACCACAGCUUGAUGUGGCAUCUCCAGGCAGUAGCUGUGAACUAGUAUGGUGUCAGCCUUCUCUGCUGAAAAAGAAGGAGAAAGGCAAGAGGAGAGGUGAUACGUUAGAAAAAGUCCUCCAGAAGCUGGUAGAAUGUCGUGGAGAAACGUGGACAGAGGAGCUGAAGAGUGAUCUACCUCGCAGCUUUCAGCGACAUGGAGACUUAGUCCUACUUGGGGACCAAUGUUUCACUGUCCCUUCAUGGAAAAAAAUGGACCACCAGCUCUGGCAUGCAGUAGCCAAAGGCCUGGGGGCUAAUCGCCUGGCAAGUAUGAGCCGAAUAUGCAGCAAUGGGUUCAGGUCUCCUAAAGUAACAAUGCUCUUGGGAGAGCAGAGUUGGGUUAAACGUGUGGACAAUGGCAUCACGUAUGAGUUUGAUGUCACCAAGUGCAUGUUUUCAGCUGGAAAUAUAACAGAGAAGCUGCGGGUUGCUGGAUUCAACUGCAAGGGUGAAACCGUAGUUGAUUUAUAUGCAGGUAUAGGAUACUUCACACUUCCAUAUUUGGUACAUGCAGGCGCAGCACAUGUGCACGCAUGUGAAUGGAACCCGCAUGCCCUUGAAGCGCUACGUAAGAACCUUGUCAUCAAUGGGGUACAUGACCGCUGCACAAUUCACCCAGGGGACAAUCGACAAGUGCAGAUGUGCAGUGUUGCUGACAGGGUCAACCUUGGUCUCAUACCCAGCUCUGAAGAUGGCUGGCCGGUCGCCUGUCGCCUGCUGAAGAAAACAACUGGUGGUAUUUUACACAUUCAUCAAAAUGUAACAUCGCCAUCAGCCGGACAAAUAACUGAUGACACGGGCCACGGUGGACAUGGGAAGAGUGCUGACAGAGAGGUGUGGCAGGCCUGGGCUGCUGAUGCUGCAAACUGCAUCGGCUCUCUUUUGAAAGAACUGACUUGUACAGAAUGGAGAACCACCAUCCAACAUAUUGAGCAUGUGAAGUCAUAUGCGCCCCAUGUUCACCAUGUCGUGCUGGACUUGGCGUGCAGACCAUCUUCACUCUAGACGCCAGAUAGAAAGACUGGUUAUUUGACUUCCACUUCAGUCAUGGGCCAUCAUGAUGGUAAGCAGAAUCCAAAAAAACGGCAUUGUGAAGUCGUCCUCAGCACAAUGUUCAGCCAUUAACUAUGCCAAUUGACGGGUACCACCUUCACGUAAUGAUGGUCAUGGACGCACCUGAAACCAAAGUGGCUGUGCCUUGUUUAUUUGUCACAGGCUCUCAGACUAUAGCUGUCCUAUCUAGUCUUGACUAGUGUUUGUCCCACUUAGUGUUUGAGCAUGAACUGAUGAAGUCUGCUCGGAUGAGAGCCAAAACGUCUAAGUAGGGCUGUCAAAAAUAACUUAUAACUCAUUUAUUGUAUUAAUUACGUUGAUUACAUAAUUAACGUAUGUGUAUAUCAUGUCAAGCUUCACAUUACAUUCCAGGCGGUGCCACAACAGCAUCCGCACAGUCUGCCACGCGUUUAUAAAUGGAUUCUGACAUGAACACACCAACAGCAAUGCAAUUUCAACAUCACGUAUGCAUCUCCAAAUCACAAAGUCAUCUGUAGUCAGACUUCCUCAUUGUCACUCGGUUAGAAUGAAGUUCAUUCACUGACACUCCAAAAAUCACAAGAACGUCUUUGCAUGUAGUACGUAUGUGUGGUCUAAAUAAACAAAAAACAGCAAGUGGAUAUUCUUAUCGCUCAUGUAACUGUCACUGCACAAUUUGCUGCAUUUAAGUAUGCUCGGAAAUCCCAGAAAAUACAGCUCCACCCAAAACGUGAAUUAAACUUACAUUGCGUAGUGUUUUUGAACGCAAACCCUUCAUUGCUCAUAAUAACGUGAACAAAGUGUGACUCAAAUGUUCUGCUACUAUUAAAGAGACUAGCCUUGGGGGAAGACAUGCGUGGCAUCUUUUAGCGAGGUUUACAUUUUAUUUCAUUUGAAGCCGUGAAGUUGCUACCAAUAUGGAAGUGUUUCCUGUCAUUUGUCUUUCUAUUAUAAAAUACAGUCAAAAUUGGCAUAUUUCACUCAGUAGCAAUCAGGUCAGGUUUCUUUAUUAAUACCCGUAGGUAAAUUAGUGUGCCGUGCAAGAGAGGCAUCAUAGCUGUGUCACUGAUAUGAUGAUACAACACCUACAAUAAGUCCAUUAUUGGCGAAGGGACAUGCUGUUAAGAAAGAAAGAAACUGUUGCUGGGAUGAAACUGUCCCUGUAUCUCUUGGUUCUGCAUUUUGGGAGCAUCAGUCUCUGUUGCAAUAGUGAAUACAGGAACAGGUGGUUGAAGGGAUGAAGACGGUGCUGCACAAUGCUAGACCUCGGUGUCUGCAGCUGUUGGUGUAAAGUGAUUCCAAGCUCACCUGUGACUGUCCAAUCCGCUUGCCAGACCAUUUGACCAUGUGAUUGAGGGCGGUCAAUGAUUGUAUCCAGGUAUUUGUACUUCCACAGUCUCCUCCUUGAUAGAGACUUGCUCAUCGCUGGGGCUUUAUUUUCUAAAAUCAAUCAUCAUGUC